UUUCCUUUCCCGUGGAGUCGAGUCUCUCUCCCCCUUUCUCCCUUCGAAGGGAACGAAGAGGUGGCAACGCCUUCAGAUCCGUCCGCUUCUGUUCUUUCUCUCGCAGAGGGGUCUUUGCUUUGGUGGUGCCGCGGCGUCCAUGGCGGAGGAUCUUGUUCUUGACACGGCCAUAAGGGAUUGGGUCCUCGUCCCUCUCUCGGUGGUGAUGGUGUUGAUCGGCGUCCUCCGCUACUUCGUCUCCAAGCUCAUGCGAUCUCACCAGGCCCCCGACCUCAAGGUCGUCAAGGAAGGGCAGGUAAUUCUCAGAGCGAGGAACUUGAGGGCUGCAUCUGGAUUCAUCCCGGCCAAGUCUUUUCGGUCUCGGAAAACUUAUUUCACCAACGAGGAGAAUGGCUUGCUGCAUGUUCCCAAGGGGCAGUCUCAAAAUGCACAAGCACAGAUGUUUUCAGACCCAAACUUAGCUAUGGAUAUGAUGAAGAAGAACCUAUCGAUGAUCAUACCUCAGACACUUACCUUUGCAUGGGUGAAUUUUUUCUUCUCUGGUUUUGUAGCAGCAAAAAUACCAUUUCCCUUGACCCAGAGAUUCAGGGGAAUGCUGCAGAAUGGGAUCGAUCUAAGCACGGUUGAUGUGAGCUAUGUCAGCAGUCGUUCCUGGUACUUUCUUAAUUUGUUUGGAUUAAGGGGUUUAUUCAGCCUUAUUCUUGGCGAAGAGAAUGCCAUGGAUGACACUCAGCGGAUGAUGCAAAUGAGUGGAUUUGGUUUCGACCCAUCUAGGAGCUUGAGUGCAGAGAAGGAUGGCAUUGACAUCAUUCAACACGACUGGGCCCUUCCUAAAAUGGAGAAACGUGCGGAAGAUGCAUUGAAGAAACUACUCAAGUAGUCAACUCAGUUUACCUACUCAAUCCAAGUCUCCCUGUUUCCAAUGAACUUGUCAUGUUUGGUUUCAUGUGACUGGUGCUGUAACAGGGAAUUAUUCUUAGGCACAGUUUUUAAAGCCAUGCACUUUGUUAUUCAGAGGGAAAAAAAAUUGCCCAAUUGAAAUUUUGAUCAAAGAACAUUUAAUUAUGUUGUUUUUAUUUCCA